CGUUCAGAAACCUAACAGGGUAUUUAUUGUCACAAAAGUCAAGGACUCUUAGUACAAAAAAGAAGACCCCCUAACACCUCCCAAAGGGAAACUGGUUAUAGACUUUCUUAGAAAGUCUCUGCCCUAAAACAACUAACCGCAUAACUCCCUUUUAUUUCUAAAUUUCCUUCUAUAAUGCACAUUCCACUCAUUAUUUCCCUGCCUAACAGAUUCCAUUUUCUCUGGUCCUUUAAUGAAGUCUUUCUCAUCCAAUAAAAUAACUUUUUUACUGUCAUAAAAAUAUAAAAUAUGUUAAACGUAUGAAUCAAAUCUAAGUUCCUCUCUCACUGUAUAAUAAAAAAGUCUCGCUCCAUUAACUCUCUUUGCUGAGAAAAAGAAAAAAAAAAUUGGCCACUCGGCUUUACCAGAUGUACAUGUGAGACUGCAUUUCUUGGAAUGUUAGGUUCUUCUCGAGUAUAUCUAUUAUUUUAAUGAAAAAGCCCCACUUUAGUUUUUCUUUUAUUUUCUCCAUAUUUUUAUACAAUGAUCUAAUUGAUGUAUCCUUGCAUUUAUUAUGUUUAUCUCAGGAAAUAAAUUCAUUUGGAACAGAUAAUGUGAAAAUAGUUGGGUGGUCUGAUCGAACCAGAUAUGUAGCAAGUUACUUGCAUCAGAGUUUUCUACCUGCAAGGAAUCAGAAAGAGGAGACUGUGCUAAACUUCUCAAAAGUUUUUCGAGGCCUAGCCCGAAAAGAAGGGGCAAGGCUAUUUUAUGAAGUACUGGUUCUUAAAACUACUGGCUAUGUAGAUGUGGAGCAAAACGAAGCUUAUGGAGAUAUUGCAAUCACUAAACUUCCAAAAUUAGACCAAACUUGUUGAUUUGAUGAUCUAUUAACAUAUAGAUAUCAAAGGAGAUAUAGAAAUAGAAAAUUGAUAGGAUUCUGGUGGAUUUAUAUGUUGUAUUUUUUUUUGUAAUUUAUAUCAUUGUGUUUAAUUGUACAGCAUUACUUGCCAUUUUAUUUUAGUCAUACUUUUCGAAAAUCUUGUGCAUUUCUGUCACUAGUUACAUUGUACAGUGAUGUCAAAGUUAGCAACUUCAAUAUGGCAGUGAUAAGCCCGAAUUUCGACUUGAUCAAACUUCGGCAAAUGUUACUGUUUAUUUAAAUAUUCCAAAAAGGGUUUAAAGUUUAGACCUA